AUGGCUCGCACGCUCCUCAUUUGCUUGAUGAUCGUCCUCCUCGUCGCACCAUCCGUUUUCGCCCGCAAACAUCCCGACGGCGCUGGCCACCAUAACCGCAACGGCACGCGCACUGGAGGACACCACAAGGGCGGCGGGCACCACAAGAGCGGUGGGGGCAGCUCGUCGGGUCUAACCAGCAGCAAGGGCGUCACGGCGGGCAAGACCUGCAAAAGGUCGUCGCUGGGAUACAAGGCGGCCGUCGAUCUCACCGGAAAGGGGCUGCUUUUCCACUGGACGGUCUCUGGUUCGACCCUCAACGCCGCGAUCGAAGCCCAAUCCACCAGCGGCGCCAGCGGGGGUUACUUCUCCGUCGGCUUCUCCUCGAGCGGGAAAAUGUGCCCCUCGGACGCGGUUGUGGGCAUUAACGGGGCCUCCGCCGGUAAAGUAUACAAGCUGGAGUCCUACACCAAGACCUCUCCCAGCACGGUUUCGACUAUCGUGGAGAGCAGCCUGAAACCGACCUCCGGCAGCCUUUUCGUCAAAUUCUCCCGGCCGGGCAAGGGAGGUGGAGUGAACCUCAACCUGAAAGGCAAGAACAACAUCAUCUGGGCGUUCGGGAAAAACAAGAAGUUCGAGGCCCACACUCCGACCAACCGUGGUUCUAAGUCCGUGGAUCUCUCAUGCGUCGCGCUCAUGUUUCACUGGAAGGUCUCGGGAUCGACUCUCAGCGCCGCCGUUGAAGCCCCGUCCAACAAGGGAUCAGUCUCCGUUGGCUUUUCUAAGAGCGGCAAGAUGUACCCUGCAGACGUUGUCACCGGCUAUAGCGGAGGCUCCGUUGCAUCGUACAAGCUCACGGGCUACUCAGGAGGUUCCACCAGCAAAAUCAAAGGCAGCAGCGCCAAAUCCUCCUCUGGCGCCACUACUUUCAAGUUCACUCGCUCAGGCAAUGACGGUUCAGUUUCCAUCAACUACUCUGGUUCCAACAGCAUCAUCUGGGCGUACGGCGCAAGCAGCAAGAAGCUGGCUGACCAUGGCAAAAAUCGGUAUGUUAUUCGGCGCGCCUGCAUGUCUCCUUUCUGUGCGUGA